AUGGGUUUUAGUUUAUCUGUCUUGGGAAAAUUCUUCAAAGUUGGUCUUGAACCAAAUGUCAUUACUUUCAACACUUUAAUCAGCGGCUAUCUUCUCGAGAAUAGAGCUGCGGAGGCGGCAGGAAUUUUCAACAAAAUGAUUGCAGGAGAUAAUUGUCAGCCUAAUGUGGUUACUUAUGGCACACUAGUAAAGGGCUUUUGCAUGAGGGGUAACAACCGUGCAGCUAUUCAAUUGCUUAGGAAGAUGGAGGAAGGGGUUUGCAAGCCUGACCUAGUUGUCUAUAACACAAUCAUCGACAGUCUUUGUAAGGAUACACUAGUUGAUGAUGCAUUAAACCUCUUCUCAGAAAUGAUGUGCAAGGGUAUUGCCCCAAAUGUCAUUACAUAUACAUCCUUGAUUCAUGGAGUUUGCAAAUUAGGCGAGUGGAAAGAAGCUACAAGGUUGUUGAAUGAAAUAGUGAGUAAAAAUAUAUUUCCAAAUGUGUUCACGUUCAGCGUCUUGGUAGACACACUUUGUAAGGAGGGAAUGGUUGUAGAAGCAGAAGGUGUGGUUGAGAUGAUGAUUCAAAGAGAUAUUGAUCCUAAUGCAGUUACGUACACUUCACUCGUGGAUGGUUACUGUUUGCGAGGAGAAAUAGGCAAGGCACAAAAUGUUUUUGAACUAAUGCUUAGCAAGGGCUCGAUGGUUAACGUUGUUAGUUACAACACGUUGAUAAAUGGAUAUUGUAAGCUUAAAAAAAUAGAUGAGGCCAUGAUGCUUUUUCUGGAUAUGUCUCAUAAGGGACUAGUUGCAAAUACCUUUACCUAUAACACUCUUUUGGAUGGUUUUGGCAAAGCAGGUCGAAUACAGGAUGCACAAAAGUUGUUCUCUGAGAUGCAAGCUUGUGGCCAACUUCCAAAUGUUCGAACUUAUUCUAUUUUACUGGAUGGCCUGUGUAAAAACCAACAACUUUCUAGGGCAAUGCAAUUGUUUGGAGAGAUAGAAGCAAAGAAGUUGGAUAUUAAUAUUGUGAUUUACAAUAUUCUUAUUGAAGGUUUGUGCAUAGCUGGAAAAAUUGAAUCUGCAAGGGAUCUCUUUUGUGGUUUAUCAUCAAAAGGACUUCGACCUGAUGUGAGGACAUACGAUAUAAUGAUUAAUGGACUCUGUAUCGCGGGCCUAACAAGUGAAGCAGAAAAGUUUCUUAUCCAAAUGGAAGAGAAAGGCUGUCCUCCUGAUGGUUGCACCUAUAACACAAUUAUCCGAGGGUUCAUCCAUAAUAAACAGACAUCAAUGGCGAUGGUACUUAUUCAAACAAUGGUAGAGAAGGGUUUUUCUGCAGAUGCAUCAACAACGGAGUUGAUAGUGAAUUUACUGUCGAAGGAUUGCCUUUGA